CUUCUAAUUCAAUAUACCAUAAACAAACCAAAUCAAACAUACUAGUAAGUAGUAAGUGAUUCUAAAUCAUAAGAUGGAUUUCAAUGUUAGAACUUUCCUUGCCACAGUGGUGAUGUUUCUGUUGGCUUCAAGUUUGUUGAUCAUUGAAACUGAGAGUGCUGGAGAAUGUGGAAAGACACCAAUUGGUUCAGCAGCUGCUAGUCUAAGUCCAUGCUUAGAUGCUUCACGUAAUGUUAGGGCAAAAGUUUCACCAGCAUGUUGUAGUAAAGUUGGUGCUUUGCUUUCAACUUCUCCAAAAUGUCUUUGUUCAGUUCUUUUGUCACCUCUUGCCAAACAAGCUAAAAUCAAUCUUGCUAUAGCUAUUACCAUUCCUAAGAGAUGCAACAUUAGGAACAGACCUGCUGGAAAGAAAUGUGGAAAGUACACACUUCCUUGAAGCCAAAACAGAAGAAUAAUACAUGUGAUAUGCAGUAUUUAACAGAUUAAAGAGCUAAAUAAAUUCUGUAAUAUGCCAUUUUCUACUUGGAGAGUGACAUGUGUCAGACUCUAGCAUUUUGUACUUCUAAGGGUAUUGUUGUAUGAUUUGAUGUAUUGCUUGGUAUUAUUAUAAAAUAAUGUUAUUUUAUUUCA